AUGGCGCAGCCAAGAUAUUAUACAGAGGACCAUAUGGCUGAACGCCAACCUUUAAGUCACCCGAAUCCCCCAUCGCCGCGCCGAAACAACUACCCACAAGACCCUUACAAUCCAUCUUCGCCGAGAAUUCGUCCCGGCGCCCAUCCCGAUUCUUCUUUUAACCACCUUCGACACCAGCGACGACAGAGCCAAGAGCCGGCUGUCAGGGGAGCAUAUGCGACGACACCCGACAGCUACCGACAACCACAACAAGUCGGAUAUUCUCCACCAAAGCCACCUCCGCACCGCACCAACACGGCCGGAGACGGAAGGUCUUGGGCUAGCAGCCAGCCUGCUUAUCCACCUCAGCGUCCAGCUCCGCAAAGCAACGUCACCCCCGGAGCCGACAAUUUUGGCAACGCCGCGGCCGCCGGAGGUAUGGCGGGCAUCGCCCUGAACGUUGCGGACCAGAACGCGCGGGAUCCCAACUAUCCACAACAAGCCUACCGGCAGCAAGGGCAAUGGCAAGAAGAGGGACAGGGUCACGGUGAGAGAGGUCGGUUGGGGCCGAACGGCCACCCUGGCGAAGGAUGGAGCUCGAGGUCUAGUUCACAGGCAGCACAUCACAACCACCAGAGGGACACGACGCCGUCCAGGAGUCCGUACGGCUUUGCGAGUGAUCCCUACACGGAUGAUCCAACUCAGGUAUACGUGCGCCCUUCAGAUCCUAAUCUUGGCGUGGUUAAUCCCCUGGAGAUCGAGGAUGAUGGCGAUGAUGGGCUUCACUAUGGCCCAAAGAAGGGACCACGGACGAGCAUGUUGAGCUUGGGAUCCAGCCAUAGGAGUGGGCCAGGAAUGGGCGCUGCUGCUGGCGGCGGUGCCAUGGCUGCCGGUGCUAUGUCGGGUCUAGCGAGUCGCAACGGGAGCGGCGGUAACAUCAACAACCAGUAUGCGCCUGUCAACAAUGGUGGCGAUGGGUCACCAGGCUCUGGAAGGAGCAUUGGUUACGGUCAUCUGUACAAGGAGAAGCCUGCAAAGAGCAACGGGAAAAAGUGGCGACUCGCCAUCAUCAUCAUUGUCGCCAUUCUUGCGAUUGUCGGCAUUGUAGUUGGUGUCCUCUUCGGUGCCGUGUUCAACAAAAAAGGCGGUGGCGAUAAGGCUAGUCCGGGGGAGUCAGCGGAGGACGACUUUGCUAACAACGGCGACCUCAACAUCAACUCGGCCGAGAUCCAGGCCCUAAUGGGCAACACCGACCUGAAGAAGGUCUUCCCCGGCAUGGACUAUACCCCGAUUCACUCGCAGUAUCCCGACUGCGUCAAGUUUCCGCCAUCACAAAACAAUGUCACUCGCGACUUGGCCGUCCUCUCCCAGCUAACCAACGUUGUCCGUCUCUAUGGAACCGAUUGCAACCAGACCCAGAUGCUCAUCCACGCCGUUGACCAGCUCAAGCUCAAGGAUGAGGUCAAGAUUUGGCUGGGUGUUUGGCAGGAUGCUAACAGCACGACCAACAAGCGCCAGCUGGAUCAAAUGUGGGACAUUCUCGACCAGUAUGGCGAUAGUUAUUUCAAGGGCAUUAUUGUUGCCAAUGAGAUUUUGUUUCGUGAGCAAAUGACGCUCACGGCGCUGGGAAAUCUUUUGGCCGAGGUGCGCACCAAUCUCACGGCCAAGGGUCUCAGUCUGCCGGUCGCUACGUCUGAUUUGGGAGACAAGUGGGAUUCUUCUUUGGCUGCGCAGUCGGACGCUAUCAUGGGGAAUAUCCACCCUUUCUUUGCCGGCGAGCCUGCGAGGAAUGCGGCGAACUGGACGUUGACUUUUUGGGAGAACAAGGCGGGGACUUUUCUCAAGAAGGACAACAGUAUGAAUAUUAUUUCGGAGAUUGGGUGGCCUUCGGCGGGUGGGAUGGGGUGCGGGAAUGCGUUUGAGACGGACUGUCCUCAGAAGGCGGUGGCGGGGGUCGAGGAGAUGAAUGAGCUGUUGGAGGACUGGGUUUGCAGGGCGUUGGAUGAGGAUAUCAAUUACUUUUGGUUUUCGGCGUUUGAUGAGCCGUGGAAGAUUGCGUUUAAUGAACCAGGGAAGGAGUGGGAGGAUCAGUGGGGGUUGAUGGAUGUGAAUAGGAAUCUGAAGCCGGGGGUGACGAUUCCGGAUUGCGGGGGGAAGAGGGUUGCUUGA